ACUCUGGCCACACUGACUCGACUCGAAUUGUGCACAUUUGUUUUUAUUUUUAUUUCAUCAAAAACAGAAAUACUAAUGUCGAAAAUAUUCACGCCCACAAAUCAAAUUCGUCUCACAAAUGUGGCCAUUGUGAGACUUAAGAAGGCUGGCAAACGUUUUGAAAUUGCCUGCUAUAAGAAUAAGGUGUUAUCCUGGCGCAACAACAGCGAAAAGGAUAUCGACGAGGUUUUGCAAACACACACAGUGUUUACAAAUGUUUCCAAGGGACAAGCAGCCAAGAAGGAUGAGCUUCAAAAGGCAUUUGGAAAAUCAGAUGAAACAGAAAUUUGCAAGGAAAUCCUCAGCAAAGGGGAACUACAGGUCUCCGAGAAGGAGCGCCAGAGUGUGCUGGACACGCAAAUCAAUGGCAUAAUAAACAGUGUGGCCGCCUUGUGCGUUAAUCCUGAGACCCGUCGCCCCUAUUCCGCCACCAUUAUAGAGAAAUCGCUAAAGGAUGCCCAUUUUUCGGUGAAGAUGAACAAGAAUAUUAAACAGAAUACCCUGGAGGCCAUUAAAUUAUUGAAAGAACACCAGUUACCUAUUGAAAGAUCACGCAUGAAGUUGCGCGUCAGUUUUGCCGGCAAAGAGGGCGGCGGGAAACUAAAAGAAUCGGUUGUCAAGUUGGCAAACUCAGUGGAGCACGAAGAGUGGGAGGAAUCCACCUUGCAUUUGACUCUACUCAUCGAUCCGGGACAAUAUCGUGUCAUUGACGAAUUGGUGAGGAAUGAAACAAAGGGUAAAGGACUUCUCGAACUGCUCGAACUCAAGGAAGUUGUUGAAAAUGAGGAAAUCUUUUAGAGUUUUAAAAUGCAAUGAUUAAAUCAAGUUCUAAGGCUCUCCUUCA